ACGGAUAGGUUUGACGAGCUUUAAGUUUCAUUAAUGAAUUUAUCACUUAAAACUUUAACAGUUGUCAGUAUGUUGACUUUGCGCCAACCCAGUAGUAAACACAAAAUCUUCGUAUAAUUACUGCUGGUAGAAGGCAGUAAAAAUGGCGUCUGAGACAGUAUGUUUGUCGAGUGUAGACGAUCUACUGACGGCUAAGAACACCGAUAUGGAUGCGCCUACGAGCAACACGAACAACUCAUUUAGUCCUGCCGGUCCAUUGGUUUCUGUAAAACCUGGAUUUAACAAAGGCUCAAGUACUGAGUUUGCUGAGCAGAUUAAACGUUUGGAGUGUGAGUGGCAUCGAUUUGCUGCCAUCGCAAGUGCGAUAAACUCGGAAGAGGGGUCGUUUUCAGCUGUUCCAAGUCCACCCCGACAAAACGAUGGGGUCAAAAGUGCAACACAUCCCGAGAGUCCAUCUGUGGGAGCACCCUCCCCCUUAUCUAAGUCCACCCUGGCUGCUCUGAUGGAUGUACAGGCUGACCAGAAGACCAUAGAAGAGCUAAGGGCACAGCUGGAAUGUCAACGGAGUGAGGCCGAGCGACUCCAAAGACAGCUAACAGAGGGGUUCUUGACAUCGCGGGUUACCUCAGCCCACCUACCCUUUUCCCUGACCUCACACUCACACAGCCCAGCCCGGGCUGGUCUGCCAGGGUCUAGUAGGGCAUUCACCACCGUGCCCACAUCAGUGCCCACCUCAUCUCUGACAGGGCAGACCCCACUCAGGGGGUCAUUUGGCAAUCAACCCCCGUCCCAUCUGGAGAAGGCGCUGAAAGAAUCACAGGAACAAGUGUUGUCACUACGGAGGAGGUUAAUUGAGGCUAAUCAGUGUGGAGAACAACAGACUAAAGAGUUUCGUUCAACAAUCGAAGACCUUAAAUUCAAAUUGCAGGAGACAGUGGUGAAUAGAGACAGGGUCUUGGAGCUGAGACAGAAGGAGGCAAGCUGUCAAGAGAGCCUGAUUGCAAAACUGGAGAGUAAUAUACAGGAGCUACAGGAGGCAAAGAGACGACAGGAUCUAACCAUUCAAGAAGGAAACAAGAAAGUGGCUGAGCUUCAUCACCAUGGUUACCUGACGGACUCGGCCCUAAGUCAGAUACGCCUAUUACUGUCUGAUGCAGAGAGAAAGCGGGGCAAGCCAUAUUGUGAGCCUGAACCGAUUUCCAGACAAAACCCGACUGCCUUGGUUCACACUCUGGAGAAAUGUCUACAGGAUUUUGACAAGGAAAUAGACUUGAAGAAGUUCAAUAUUGAUAAGUUACAGAGGGAUUUCUCAGAGGCUCAAGCUGAGCACAGUCGUCAAGUUGAAGGGCUAACCAAGCAUUACCAGGACAGAAUCAGUCAGCUGGUAACAGAUCAUGCCCAACAGUUAGAGGGUGCCAUGGAGAGAGCAAACAAUGCUAAGGAACAGUCAACAAGUUUACAGACAGAACUGGAUCUUCUCAAGAAACAAUACGAUCAACAGGUAGGGUUACGAGAUGAAACAAUACGUGCCCAGGAGGCUCAGCUGGAACAGUACAAAUUGAAGCAUGAGACAGACAGACAGAACUGGGCACAGCAGAGGGUGGAGCUAGAGCAGAGGAUCCAGGAGCUGGAGGAGCAGUUAUGUUCAAACAGACAGGAAAGGGUGGAGCUUGAAGGUCUGCUUAGUAAUCAGCAGUCAAAGAUUACCCAAUAUGAAGUCGAGCUGGAAACUUUACAAGAUGGCAACAGCUCCAAGCUGAAGACCUAUGAAGACUUAGGGCAAUGUAAGACAAGAUUAGAGAAGCAGGUGGCUGACCAGCAGAAGGAAAUAGUUCAACUGGAAAAACUACUGGCAUUGUCAAAGCAGGAGUCAAGCUUACAGCUUCAAAACCAGGCGGCCACAUUUGAGAAGUUUGAGAAAGAAAAGGCAAGUGAGCGGGUUAACAUUCUGACCAAUCAGCUGUCAGCAAUGUCACAGAAAGCUGAUUCAGCCAUUUUGGAUUUAGGAGUAGCUCGCACCGAAGUGAAUACUCUGAAGUUACAAGUUACAGAGUUGACAGACAAAUUACAAGCGACAGUGUCAGAGUUGAAGGCCACAACAGAGUCCAAAGGUCACCUUCAGAAAGGCUUGGAUGAUAAAACAGUUGAAAUACACCGUCUCAGUGAGGAAAGAGACUAUUACUGCCACCUGGUGGACGAAAAGAAUAGUGAAUUAGGGGAGAUAAAAUCUGAGAGAGACAAAGUUGUCAUCCAGCUGGAGGAAAAUGAUCGCAACCUGAAGACUAUUUAUCAGCAGUCUACCAACCUGUCACAGAUUGUUGAAAUUAACAGCAAGGCCAGUGAUACCGUACGUGAAGAAAAAGAGAACCUUUUAAAGCAACUUACUGAAAAGACAGCUUCGCUGGAGGAGCUGAAACUUGUUUCAGAAAACGCAACCAAGAAACUUAAGUCAAGAGAAAAGAAACUGAAAGAGCUAGAAUCUGAGAAACAGAGACAUUCGCUGAAUUCUGAAGCCAUGAAGCAUGAUGUUAUACGGCUUCGCCAGGAGAGGGACAAAGCUGUUGAGGAGUUGAAGCAAUACAAGUACCAUGCCACAGCUGUGAAGGAAGAGCAUGCAAAACAGUUGACAACACUGCAAGCUGACAAGAAAAAGGUGGAGAAUGAAUUGAAGAAGAUGCGUUUAAAGUAUAAAGCAUUUGAAGGGGAGUUGAAACGAAGGGAGAAGACCCUCCAAGAUAGACAGGCCAAAGAAGGAGUAGAUAUGAAAAUUGUGAAAUUCGCUGACAAAAUGCAGACAGAAGUGACAGCUAAAAGGGGAGAGAUUGACAAACUUAACAGCCAAGUUCGCUGGAUGGAAGAGAGAAUUGAAGUUUUAGAAAAGGUCAAAAAGGAAAUGGAAGCGAAGUGUGUCAACCUUCAGGAGAAUGUGAAGAAGUUGACCAAUGAAAACAAAGGCCUGUGUGAAGAGAUAUUCAGCCAUAAGAGAAAGCAUCAGGACCUUAAAGUUCGUGCGAGUAAGCUUCAAUCCGGUCUGGAGAAGGCAGCUGUGAAAAAUUCCUGUGCUCAGAGAGAAGCGGAGAAGCUAGAGCAGGAAAUCACCAGACUCAAGAUAAAUCACAAACUGGAGAUAAAGGAGGCACAGUCCGGGGGUCAGGGAACUAAGCCAAGCCAGCCAGCGCAGACUAAGGUCUCUAAUACAGACGUUGGCACCAAUAGCCCUAAAGCAACAUUUGCUUCACCGCACCAGGAGCCAUGCCAGUCUCUUGAUGCUUUCACAGAGAUAGGUACCCAAUUAAAAUCCCUUUUGUCAGAAGUAAAAUCCCUUAUGUCAAACCAAGGCAUAGGAGACAAAAUCAGAGAGUCGGGGAAGGAGACAAAGGAUGCACUGAAUGGAGGAGGAGAGGUGGUCAGCCCUAAAGUAGUCCCUAAGUGGGAGUUAGAGGCUGAGAGGAUCAACAGUCUAACAAAACAACACAGCAAACCUUCAGGUAUGACUGAGUGGACAUCGACCCCAAGUAGAUCACUCGUACCUACUUGCGAGGUGAAUGACGUCUCUCAGCAGUCGUUGUCAUUGUCAGACAUCUCUGCUGGUAUUAACAUGGAGGACACAUCUGAACCAGGAAGUCCAAUUGUGAGGAAAUUCAACAGUUGGCACACAAAUCAAGGUUCUUCCAGUCACAGGGCAUCAGCUUCCUACAGCUGUAAUAACAUGUCAGAUGUGACCACUUCUGCUUCCUCAGCCCAGAUGGCGGAUACGUGGGCAAUGUGUAAACGUUUGGAAGCCAAGAUGGCGUCUCUGUCCGAGAUGGGUGAAAGUCUCCAGAGGGAAAACAAAGAAAUGGCAGAUUUGGUUAAAGUCCAAGGGAAAAAACUUCAACGAAUGAGAAAUUCUGAGAGCAAGGUUCACAAGAAGAGAUGA